AUGGGAGCUAGGGGGGUUGUUGGGAGGGUGGGGCUGCACCGCCUGCACAUGGGGGGAGGUGACGGCGGCACCGCUCGCACCGUCAAAUCUGGUGUUCAUCACAGGACGGCACAAAUCUCAAAGCCAGUUCAACUGCGGACUGCGCUCGGAAGUGAUUUUGUUGGAAAAGAAAGAGAGUGCAAAACUAAUUCACUUGAAACGGACUCGCCGUCGUCGGCACUCUCCGACCGCCGACCCACCACGCCGGGCAAGAAGCGCCUUCUCCUCACCCUCUCCGUCCUCCUCUCCUUCCUCGCCGGUCUCCCGUUCCUCCUCAAAUCCACCGAGAUCUACCGCUCCCCUCUCCCCUACGCCUCCCUCUCCUCCCUCCCCCGCUCCGACCCCCCCUCCGUCCCCUGCCGCUUCCACGCCCUCUUCCUCCGCCCCGCCGACCCCGACCUCGCCGAUCGCCUCGCUCUCUCCAUCUCCGAUGAGCUGCGGCGGCGCCGCCGACGAUCCGCGGACCACCCCUUCGGCUGCUGCGGAGGCGAUUUCGCCGUCUCCGUGACCGUCGACUCCCGCGGGAGCUGCGUCGGCAGUGGCGCUGCCCCCGCGUGCCUCUGGAGCUGCGGCGCCGUCGAUCCCGCUGAAUUUGCCGGUCGCGACGAUGAGGCUGUCGAUGAAUUGCUGGAUUCGGCGCUCAAUGGCGGGCGCGGUGAGUGUUCGGGGACUAUUUGCUGUGGCGGCGGCGGCGGCGGCACGGUUUACAGUGUUGUUGUGGUGCAAGGAGAGGAAGGCGACGAGCGGCAGGCGAGGGUCGUGGUCGGCAAGCACCGACAUGCUUGGAUGGUGGGGAGGAUCGAUGAGGAGGACGCGGUCUCAAUGAUCGGGAAGAUAUUUGCAAAGUACUUCAUGAACGGUGGGGUGGAAAAUGGGGGAGGGAAAGAAGAGUUCAUGCCCGUUGGAUCAGAUGGAAGCGUCGUUCUUUCGUUCAGCCUGUUGAAUGCUGAUCCGAAUGACUGGGUUUACGACUGGGAGUUUCAAAAAAUAGGGGAAAACAUGUUGGCUCCUGUGGCGGAGGCUUUGGCACCAAUAGCUAACAUAAGCAUAGAGAGUCAGGUCUUAUACCACACUCCGAAGUCAUCUAAUUCUUUGUGGGACGACAAGUUGGAUAGUUGGAUUCUCAGCAUUGGAGAUCUUCCUUUCUUUGUUAACUCAAAUGAGUGGCAUUUGGAUACAUCUAUUUCAGCUACAGGACGAUCAAAAGUUCUACAAUUUGUGGUAUACGUGCCCUCUGCAAGGGAAUGCCCUCUUUACUUGCAACUUCCAGAUGGAAAAGCAUCCAAGACUAAUGCUUUUAUAUCUCCUAUGUGGGGAGGUGUCGUUGUUUGGAACCCACCACAGUGUUCUUCGGAUUCUCAAAAGAUGCAUACGGCCAGAAAUAGAAUAUCAGCUCAGGACCUUCAGAAGAUACUUGAAGUCUUUGUUGGGCAACUCCGGCUUUUAUUUGGUGUUAACUCAAGCCAUAAAGAAAGCGGGAUAUCUAAAUUUAUAGCUAGUGAGAAGGGUUUCACAGAAUGGGAAUUGGAUGUGUUGUAUCGGCACCAUGCAUGCUCCAAUAUCCUGUCAUGCCUUACUACCCUUGAAUCUCUUUCCAACCUAGUCCAAUCACUUCCACGAAUGAUUGUUACAGAUGAAAUAGGCAAACAGGUAAAGCUUUCACUUGAAGCCGCAUAUUUAGCUCAAAGAAAUGCAUCUCUCGGUAUAAAUGAUGCAUCAGCUGAGUCCUCAACAAAAGCAAGAGCCUUGGCUGAGGAUGCAUUUUUCCAUCCAUCCAUUAUGUCAAUUAGUUAUUCCUCCAUCGAACACUACUUUGCGAUUUACAUGCCUUUUUUCGCACCAGUUUGUUUGCAUGUACUCCUGGCGGCUAUCAAAGAAGUGAAACGAUACAGGAGGGAGCGUGCAAAAUAUUUGGCAUUUCUUGCCGCCCAAGCCGGAUCCUCCUAAUUAAGAAGUAGCAUGUAUCGCACAUAGGAAUACGCUUCCUGAUCCUUCAACACAGUUUUGGUUAAAGGCCGCUUGUAGAUUCUGUGUGCCAGAUUGAUUUUGUUGCUGUUCUGCUUUUGGAUGAAAAACUUUUUUGUCAUAACUUGAUUAUAUGCGACAAGUUUCAAGGAAGCACAAGUUGCAGGCUUAGCGUAGGUACUGAGAGGCAUAAAACUGGUUCGCAAAUGCAUACCAUAUUCGGCAUCUCUUAGUUCAUGUUAAUUAUUAUAUAGGCUGAUACCAGCCCCUCUCCCAAGUUUGUUGAAGAUGAUCUACUACGAGUUGUCGUUAACUAUGUGAUCUCACUGAUUAUUGAGCUUCUAUCUGUUCUUGUACUAUGGAAUUUUAUAGAUUAAAUAGCUCUACUCUUGUUGCUCAAA